UUUCAACACUUAGAAGUUAGAACUUGAACACCUGUGUUUGUAUUUAUCAUGUUCGUUGGACAGUAUUUAUUUUUAUUUAUUGAAAUUAUUUGAUAGUGUUUAAAUGUUGAUGUUCGGACGUUCUACAGUUAAUGAAAAAUAUUAAAAUGAAUGAAAGCGAUUCAUAUGUAAAUAACAUCUUACAAGACGUUGAUCAAAUUUCCACGGAUACAAUAUGUAUUACGGCUAUGAACUGCAAUCACGAAAAAUCUGAUAACGUGGAGAAAGCAAGCGCAGUCUGGACAUACAGUGCUACUUUAAAACUACUUAAAUUAUAUGAAAAUAAGUUGGAAAUGUUGGAAACACCCAAAAAGAAAACCAGAAUUUGGAAUGCCAUAUCUGAAAGUUUAAAAGAUUACAACAUUGAGAUGACUUCAGAUCAAGUAAGAUGGAAGAUAAAUGCGCUAACAAAGAAAUAUAAGCAAUGUGUUGAUACAGGCCAUCAUAUGAAAUUUAAAUAUUUUAAGGAAAUGGAUAGUAUUUAUGCACAAUAUAAUGUGGAUUGUGACACAUUUACCAUUGGGGAUAUUAUACAUAAAAAAAAAGAUGGUAAGCAACCAUACAUAAAAGACUCAUCAAUAAAAAUCAAUGUAGAAAGUAAAGCAAUGAUUGAACUUAGAAAAAUACGACUGGCAAAUAGGAUCGAAUCUGAGAGGUCCCAAAGUAAAAUUAAUUUGGAGAAGCAAUGGCUUGAAUACUUAAAACGACAGGAACAGAAUAAGUUACUGCAAGAUGCUUUAUUUGAACGGAACUUAAAGAUAAAAGAAGAAGAUUUACAAUUACGUAGGCAAGAAAUAGAAAUGAAAGAAUCUAUAGAGAUGAGAAAGUUACAAUUAAAAGAACAAGAACAAGAUGGUUUGUUAUUAAUAGAAAGAGAAAAAUGUGAAAUGCUUAAACAAAUCUUUGCAGAUAGAAUUAUAUCAUAAAAUAUUAUUUCAUGAUACCUAUGGGAAACUGUUUAUUAAUUACAUUAAAACUAUUAUUAUUGUGUCAAUAAUAUUGAGUUUAUAAAAAUUAUAUUAGAAAAUAUUUCUCUUAGUUUUGUGUAGAUAAGGAGAGGUGUCUCUUAAAGGUCUUCACAAAAAAGUUUCUACUAAAAUGUUUGAAAUAAAGGUUCCAUAUAUUGUUGGCCUCCCUCAUGCAUUACUUAUUUUUGGGGUAUUACCCGAAAUUAGUGCAUUUCUUUAAAUUAAAUUUUAAGCUAUAAUAUAUUAAUUAAAUAUCCAGCAGAGCCACCUCAAUUUCAUACAUUUUAAGGUCCUCUUUUUACUCAAAAAGAUA